AUUAUUGUGUGUGACUAAAGAGAGACACAGACGAUCGGAUUCAGCAUCAGACCAAACUAACACCUUCCUCUGAGUGAGUCCAGCUACAGGAGAGAAAAGUGCAAACUACAAGACUGCUGCUUCAAGCUGCUGACUCUCCACACACUGAAGCUUCACUCAGAGACUAAAUGGCUUCCAGAUUAGAGGACAAUCUGUGCUGUUCGGUCUGUCAGGAGGUCUACAAAGAUCCUGUUGUUCUGACAUGUAGCCACAGCUUCUGUAAAGUCUGUCUGAAGAACUGGUGGAGACAGAAUCCAUUACACCAGUGUCCAGUUUGUAAGAGAAGAUCUUCAAGAGAUGAUCCACCGUUAAACUUGGUGUUGAGGAACCUGUGUGAGUCCUUCUUACAGGAGAGCGAUCAAAGAUCUCCAGAGGCUCUCUGCAGUCUGCACUCUGAGAAACUCAGACUCUUCUGUCUGGACCAUCAGCAGCCAGUGUGUCUCGUCUGCAGAGAUUCAAAAAUACACUCCAACCACAGAUUCAGUACCAUCGAUGAAGCUGUAACAGAUCUAAAGAAGAUCCUUCAGGAAACUCUGAAGCUCUUAAAAAAAAAGAUAAAUGUUUGUAAACGAGUUAAAGUGAAAUUUGAUGAAACAGAAAAACACAUCGAGGUCCAGGCCCGACACACAGAGAGGCAGAUUAAGGAGCAGUUCAAGAAGCUUCACCAGUUUCUAGCAGAGGAAGAGGAGGCCAGGAUGGCUGCACUGAGGGAGGAAGAGGAGCAGAAGAGUCAGAUGAUGAAGGAGAAGAUGGAGGCUCUGAGCAGAGAGAUAGCAGCUCUUUCAGACACAGUCAGAGCCACAGAGGAGGAGCUGAGAGCUGAAGACGUCUCAUUCCUCAACAACUACAAGGCUGCAGUGGAAAGAGUCCAGCGCUCCCCCCUGCUGGAUGAUCCACAGCUGCUCUCAGGAGCUCUGAUAGACCAGGCCAAACAUCUGGGCAACCUGGCCUUCAACAUCUGGAACAACAUGAAGGACCUGGUCUCCUACACUCCUGUCAUUCUGGAUCCAAACACUGCUCAUCCAGAUCUGAUCCUGUCUGAAGAUCUGACCAGUGUGAGACGAAGAGAUGAACAACAACAGGUUCCUGAUAAUCCAGAGAGGUUUAAUUAUCACUGUUCUGUCCUGGGCUCUGAGGGAUUUAACUCAGGGACUCACAGCUGGGAUGCUGAGGUUGGAGAUAACACAGUGUGGGAACUGGGUGUGUUAGCAGAGUCUGUCCAAAGGAAGGGAGAUAUAGAGUCUGGAUGGUGGGGAAUAAGGUUCUAUGAAGGUGAAUACUCAGCAUGGUCACCACACGCUCUUUCCACCGUUCUCAGAGUAAAGACGAAGCUUCACAAGAUCAGAGUGAAUCUGGACUGGAACAGAGGAAAUCUUUCAUUGUCUGAUCUUGAUACUAACACACACAUACACACCUUCAGACACACUUUCACUGAGAGCAUGUUUCCUUACAUUGACACUCUGGAUAAAGUGCCAGUGAAGAUAUUACCAGUGAAAUAGAACAGUUCUAUCUUGCUGGGCCAAAACAUCUGGCAGAUUCUUCUCAAACUCCUUGCGUGGAAGACUGUGUGACUCUUUGUAUGUCCAUAGACACUUUCAUAUACUGACUUUUAUUUACAAAUCUAUUUUUGGACUUCAGCAUACAUAUGUGUUUAUGCAUGUGUAGAAACCUCAGUCGAUAUGGCCUGCACUCUCAGAACACUAUACAGAUGCAGGUCCCGAAAGCCUGAACUAAACUGGGCAAAACAACCUGUUAAAUCUUCCGCCCUGCCUACCUGGAAUGAUGUGCAUGAAGAAUGAAUAUGCAUAAAGACUUGGAAUUGACACAUCUUGGUACUCUGGGGGAAUUCAAGACAAAUAUCAAAAACAGACAAAUACGCUGGAUUUUUAAUUAUGUCAUGUCUUGUUUUACUGUAGUAUAGAGUUUGUACCUGUUUUAUAUAUAUAUAUAUAUAUAUAGCAGGGUUGCUUCUUGUUCGUUGUUCUUCUUCAGGUGAACUGUCUACAACUGCUUCUUAUAUUGUUGUGAAUUAUUGGGACAUAAUUUUGUUGUGUUUAAACCUCUGUUCAGGCUGUAAAAGUUGUGAAGUUGAAUUUAAAUGUAAAUAUUAUGAUCCUUAAAUUCAAAGUUGUGACCUUGAAUAAAUUAUA